AAAAUAAAAUAAAAAUAAGAAAAGAAAAGACACACACACACACACACCUUGAUGUGCAUUUGAAAUUGAAUUUGUAUGAGUGCGCACCGCAGCAAAGUAGGGCACAAAGUAGAAACAAAAAAGUUCCUUUUUGAAGAAUAAAAUUUCAAACCAUUCGAGUGACUGAGUCAGUCUCGAGUCGAGAGAACGAACUGUGUCUAUGUAUGACUCAAACAGAACAACAUAGUAAACGGUAAUGCUGUGUGUUGUUUCUGAAUAGUUUCAGAUCUGUGUCAUAUUAUUCAUUGGAUGAAAAGUGUUCACGCUUAGAUAUUUUUGUUAUGGCGUCUGAAACGGCGUCGUCUGCUGAUGAAGAAAAAGAAACCCUUUUAGUUUCAACUGGAGCAGGAGGAGGAGGAGGAGGCACAGAUAAAAGAGGUAAACAUCGUAUUCUUGCUGAAUUGAAGCGUCUUCAACAAGACACCAAAUUUCUUCAGGAAGAAUUGGAAGAGCUCGAGAAGACAGAAAAUGUGUCGGCUAUAUGCAAGGAAUUGCUACAAAACAUGGAUACUAGACCUGAUCCACUAAUCCCAGAAGUUCAUGGACCUGUAAACCUCUUAUGGGAUAGAUGGUUUGAAGGGCCUCAGGAUCCACAAGCAUGUAGAUGUUGGAUACUUUGAUUUGAAGCUGUAUGUCAAUUCCAUUGCAAAUAGGAUGUGAAUGUUACUACUGCACAAAAGUGACUUUGGAAAGAAAAUGCUUGGUGGCAUUUUAUACUACACACACUAAUUCUUUAAUGGCUUCAUGUUGUGUUAUAUUAGAAUAGAUUAUGCAUCAAAUACUGUCUAUCUGUAAUCACAUUAAUUUACUGCAUUCAAUUAGAAGUAUCAUUAUUUGUGCUUA